GGGGGUUAAAAGGCUGAGUGAAUAGUACAUUAUACACGAAGUCUUAGUGGAGGCAGUGGAACGAGAGGUGUGUAAGGAUUGAGAGAUAUUCAAAGAUUUACAAUCCUAUUGCUUUGUGAAAUUUCUACCAUAAAAUUUACUUCUGUAUGCGCCACGGGAAUUCCUGUUAACCGAGAAUAUGUGCAGACUAUGUAUGCAAGUGGAUUUAGAAUGUAUAGUGAGAUCAAGUAAUUGUUUGCUAAAAUUACGACCACUUUUCCAACCAGACGAGCGUCGUUCAAAGUCCAAGGUUAUAUAACCGAAGCGUAAAAGUGAACCGUUUCUAUUUGAAAGUAUACGUGCAUGUUAUUUUCAACUGUUUUAAACUUUUAUCUUUUAUAGCGUAUAACUGGUGAUAUGGCGGAAGCACAUUCAGCUGUAGCAUUUAGUUUUUCUAUUACUCAUGAGGGAUGGGAUGUUAAUUUUGAUAGAGAAGUCUUACAUUUGGUAUGGCAAUCAGGUAUCCGUUCUUGGAAGAAAAGAUUUUUUAGAUUUGUUAAUAACUUGAGAAGUGGUGUAUACCCUGCCUCCUUAGAGAGUUUAUGGUUCACUAUAGCUUUGGUAACUGCAAUACAUUUUGCUGGCUACAAAGUACCUUAUGACCUUGUUGGAAAAGCUGCACCAUAUCUUUCAGGAUCUUCAAUAUUAGCACACUUAGCAGGAUCAUUUAUAGUUGGAUUAUUUUUGUGGUUGAUAGUAAUAUAUAUAAUGCGAUACACCUUGAAGUUAUUACUUAUGUACAAAGGAUGGAUGUAUGAGUCAAGAGAGAAAAGGUCUAAUGCUUCAAGAGUUACUAAGUUGUGGACCACAUUAGUGAAGUUGUUCUUUGGAUGGCACAAACCAAUGCUGUAUAGUUUUCAAGGAUCAUUGCCACGACUACCAUUACCCUUAGUGGAAAAUACAAUGAAACGGUACCUACGCAGUGUUCGACCAUUGCUCGACGACAAAAAUUAUUCUCGAAUGGAGACAUUGGCAAAUGAGUUUCAAAGAGGCAUUGGUGUGAAGCUUCAACGUUAUUUGAUUUUAAAAUCUUGGUGGGCCACUAAUUAUGUUUCUGAUUGGUGGGAAGAAUAUGUUUAUUUACGUGGGCGAUCUCCUAUCAUGGUGAAUUCAAACUUUUAUGGUAUUGAUGCAAUUCUUAUGUAUCCUACUCAUGUACAAGUUGCCCGUGCUGCAAGUGUUAUUUAUUCGUGUCUGCAGUAUCGACGACUCAUUGAACGCCAAGAAUUAGAACCGAUAUUAAUUCAAGGUUUGGUGCCUCUCUGCUCAUGGCAAUAUGAAAGACUAUUCAAUACAACAAGAGUACCAGGACUUGAAACAGAUAAAAUUGUACAUUAUCAGGAUUCUAAACAUAUUGUUGUAUAUCACAAGGGAAAAUAUUUCAAGGUCCUUAUUUAUCACAAAAGCAGAAUCCUUCAAGCUUGUGAAAUUGAAAUACAAAUGCAACAAAUUUUAGAUGAUAAAUCAGAACCAUCAGAAGGUGAAGAGAAAUUGGCUGCUUUAACAGCUGGUGAAAGAACUGCAUGGGCAAUAGCUAGAGAAGAAUUUUUCUCGAAAGGAGUAAAUAAAGCAUCUUUAGAUCUUAUUGAAAAAGCAGCAUUUGUAGUUGCAUUAGAUGAUGUACCAUAUGUAUAUGAUCCAGAAGAUCCAGAUAAAUUAGAUCAAUAUGGUAGAAUUUUAUUGCAUGGUAAAGGAUAUGAUAGAUGGUUCGAUAAAUCAUUUACCUUAUGUAUAGGGAAUAAUGGCAGAACUGGCUUUAAUGCAGAACAUUCAUGGGCAGAUGCUGCAGUGAUGUCACAUAUGUGGGAGUACGUGGUAUCUCAGGAGAUCACCAAUAGAGAGGCUGAUGCACCUAUUAUGGGAUCUCUAUGGGAAUAUGUUAUCGCUAAUGAUGUGGAAAUGGGAUAUAAGGAAGAUGGAUAUAAUAAGGGAGUACCAGAGUUCACACCUCCACCUCCUGUUCGACUUCAGUGGGAUUUGAAUCCAAAGUGCAUAGCCGCAAUUGAAGAAUCAAACCAAGUUGCACAGAACUUAUUAAAUGAUGUCGAAUUACGCAUUUAUGUACAUGAUGCGUACGGUAAAGGGUUUAUGAAAGUUAAUUCAAUGUCACCAGAUGCAUACAUACAAAUGGCCUUGCAGUUAGCGUAUUUCCGUGAUUCUGGUAAAUUUAAUUUAACUUAUGAAGCUUCUAUGACUAGACUGUUCCGAGAAGGAAGAACAGAAACUGUGAGGCCAUGUACAAUUGAAUCUACGAAUUGGGUGAAAGCAAUGGAGAGUAAAAAUACAACUGUUGAGACUAGGUAUGAUUUAUUGAUGGCAGCAGCAAAACAGCAUCAAAAAGGUUAUCAAGAUGCUAUGUGUGGUAAAGGAAUAGAUAGACAUUUAUUUUGUCUAUAUGUAGUAUCUAAAUAUUUAGAAGUAGACUCUCCUUUCUUAAAGGAAGUUUUAAGUGAACCAUGGAAGUUAUCUACUUCACAAACACCACAUGGACAAACAUCAUUAAUAAACUUGAAAAAACAUCCAAAUUGUAUCUCUGCGGGGGGUGGCUUUGGUCCUGUAGCUGAUGACGGUUAUGGCGUUUCUUAUAUUAUUGCUGGAGAAAAUCUUAUAUUUUUCCAUAUUUCAUGCAAACGUAAUUCUCCAGAAACAAAUGCAGCUAGAUUUGCAAAACAAAUAGAAAGAGCAUUAGCUGAUAUGAAAAAUUUGUUCCUUGAAAGGAAAAAGCUGCAAACUCAAAAGAAUGGUUCUACAUAAUUAUUCUGCAGCAAAAAGAGAUGCAGUUACAGUAUACUAGUGGAAAAUUUCAAUUUUAAUCCUUUUUUUCCAAAUGUUUUAAAAUAAUCCCUUUACAUACUCAAAAUGUAUCUUUUGUAAUGUUGUCUGCAGAAAGAAUGCUAAAUGGAAAUUAUUCAGAAGUAUAAAGGAGAAAAAUUAAGCAUGCACAAUGAGAAAUGCAAAGUAUUCUGAUUAAUUCAUUCAUGAUAUAUAUUCAAACAACUUCAUAAACUAAAUAUUAAUAUUUCAUGCUCUUUAACAGCGUACAUUAAAUUUAAAAAAGUACAAAGUUUGAUUAUAUUUUUAUAAUAAGCAUUUUAUGAAAAAUGUUUUUGAAUGGAAAACAUUUGUAAAUUAUAAUAAUAAUGAUUAAAAAAUAUUGUCAUUAAACUUUUAUGAAAACUGUCUUAGAAAAAAGAGAUAUAUACUGCUAUUUUUAUAUUUUAUGUUACUCUCAGGAAAAUUGUUAUAAAUGAGGUUAUUGUAAAACUUAUUGAAGAUUGAGCGUUUAAUAGCAAAGUUUAGUAAACAACAUAGAGAAAAACUAAGAAACGUAGUAUGAAAUUUUCAGACUGCUGUUUGAAUAGUAAAAUUGUGUAUUCAUUAUACAAUGAGAAUAGUAUUAAAUUUUGUAAGCGGUUUCAUCUCUUCUAUAUAAUAGAAGAUCGAAAGUUUAAUUCAUUGUAUAAUUAAAUUUUCUAUGAUAUAAAUAAAUAAAUAUAUAUUAAAUUAUUUUAUAUAUAUGUAAAUAUACAAUAUAUAUAUAUAUAUAUAUAUAUAUAAAAUAAUUUAACAUUUUUAACUUUGUACCAAUUUUAUCAAUUAUACGAGCUCUAAUUAUAUUCAAUAUAUCUACAGAAUGAUUAUUAUUAGUGAAACCAUUAGAAAUUGCAAAUAUAUUAUAUAUCUUAAAUCAUUAUUAAUGUUCAAAUACUGUUAGUAUUGCAGUGGAAUCAAUCAAUAACUACUAUUUUUAUAUUUCAAAUGUGAAGAAAGAUUAUUGUAAUUUAUUAA